GAAGGGAGAUCCGGGAAUCUACCGGGACCUGGCAUCUCUGUUACUGCAAAGCCAGGAGGGAGGGAAGAUGGUUUACAUCUCGAAUGGACAAGUGUUGGACAGUCGGAGUCAGUCCCCUUGGAGACUAUCAUUAAUAACAGAUUUCUUCUGGGGAAUAGCCGAGUUCGUGGUUUUGUUUUUCAAAACUCUACUUCAGCAAGAUGUAAAGAAAGGAAGAGGCUACAGAAACUCAUCUGAUUCCAGAUACGAUGAUGGAAGAGGGCCGCCAGGAAACCCUCCCCGAAGAAUGGGUAGAAUCAAUCAUCUUCAUGGUCCCAGUCCCCCGCCAAUGGGUGGUGGAUGAGGAAGGUAA